CCGGCUUCUUCAGUCAUUAUGAUUUUCUACGACAGACAGGGACAGUUGAAAAAACUGAAACAACUAAAACUUAGAUACUUUCUUGUCCAACUACUCCUGAAACAACUACAACUAAGUUAGUUUUUGCUCUUCCUUGUGAUUUUAUUUUCAUUCAUGGCAGUGGCAUCGUCAUUGAGUCAUCGUGGAAGGUGUCAAGGUGUGGAGCCUGAAAGUGCAAAUUCUAAGACACAAUCGUGGAAGGUGUGGAGCCUGAAAGUGCAAAGACAGCAUUCAAGCGUCUGGCCCUUGCUCCGCCGCCAGUUGACGCUGAUGUCAAGGACGAAGACGAUGAAGAUGACGAAGAUGCUGGCGGAAGAGCAAACAAACAGCCGGCGGAAGAUGCUUCAAAUGAAGAUGGGGACGAAUCUUCCGAUCAUGAGGAGGCAGCGAGUUGUGAAAAGAGCGAGAGCAACGUAUUAGAAAUACCCGUCAAGAAUACGAAGAUUCAACUGUCAAGAGAGUCUUGCUUGCAGUCCCUUUUCGGCGACGAUAGUGACGCUUCAGAUGACGAUGCAGUCGUAGAGGAUGAGCAUGAUGAGGAAGAGGAAGAAGACGCUGUUGAGGAAGAUACGUCUGACUCGCUCGCAAGAACUUCUGGUGGGCUGCAUAGGCCCACUUCUUCAACGUCGACAACGAGCUUGAGCACUAGAAAAGUGAGUCUGACUUUUGUUCUGUAUUCCCGGCUCUUGUGCAUUUCGACAGAGCGGGGAAUCCUCGCGCUUUUGCAGGACGCAAGUAUCAUCCAAGGACGCUGGAUCCAAGAGCACGCCUCCCCUCGAUGGCUGGCGCGAGUACAAUUCGACCCUGACAAGCC